AACAGAGAAGACUGAACCAGAAAACAAGAAUACGUCUCAUCAGAGCACAAAGCAAAGGAAAAUUCAAUCAAAACCCAAUUUUCAGAGUAAUGGAUCCCAGCCAGUCUUUCAGUCAGCCUCCAGGAGCAUGGGAUUCAUCUGAGAAAUCAGCAAUGUUGCAUCCUUCAGCACCACCACCAGCAGACCAGGACAGUGCUGGAUAUCCUCCCUCCUCAGGGCCGUAUUCAGGAGAAGCUGUGGUUGCUGUACAGCCUGCAGUUUUUGAGAUCGCUACUCCACUGGCCAGUUCAUUGCCAGAUUACUUGGGUUACUCCAUCUUUACCAUGCUGUGCUGCUGUUUUCCUCUGGGCAUUGCUGCGCUGAUUUUCUCCUGCUCUACUCGAAACGCCAAUUUCUCAGGACAGCGAGAAUUAGCAGAGAAGAACUCCAAAAUGACACUCAUCCUGAAUCAUGCCUCCCUUGGUGUUGGCCUCGUUUUCAUUGUACUGUUGAUUAUUGUCAAUGUCUUAACUUUACUUAAUAAAAGAUGAUAGAGCUGUCAUGGUUGGAUGCAGAUUACAAACAGAUUUGAUUCUCUGCAUUGUAAAUGCCAUUUGCUCAAUGUAUCAUUAAAGCCUAUGACAUGUGCUUUAAGACUGAUUAUUGCAUGUUUAGACUUUUUUUCUUAUCUUGAGCUGUGCUAAUUAGAUUUUUUUGUAUGUAUAUAAUAAAACUGUAUGUUAAAAAAAAA